CAGCCUGGGCGUCGCCACUCGCCACUCCGCCAAGCCAGCCCCAAGACUCCAAAGAGCAGCCAGCCAGCCGCCGCACGGACGGACGGCGCCUCCGGGUCUAGCUAGGGUUUCUGUUCCGCUUCUUCUCCCCGCACGCGAAGCAGGGCGCAGCGUUGAUGGCAACGGCACCGGCGCCGGCGCCCGCGGACCCGAAGGCGGAGGCCGCCAAGAUGGACCUCCUGGAGGACGACGACGAGUUCGAGGAGUUCGAGAUCGACCAAGAAUGGGACAACAAGGAAGAAGGCAAUGAAGCUGUCCAGCAGUGGGAGGAUGACUGGGAUGAUGAUGACGUUAAUGAUGAUUUCUCGCAGCAGCUGAGGAAAGAACUGGAGGGAACCCAGAAGAGCUGAAGUGUUUUCUUCUGUAGUAUAAAUGUUACUUUUGUAUGGCCGUUACUUUCUGAACCUCUGUGUGCUUCAGACAGUUAUGGGUGUGCUUCUGGGAGCACCACCUAAUUUGCGGAAUAUUUCUACAUGAAAGUUUAUGGUCGUGCUAUAGUUUCCAUAAUAUCGGUGAAUUUCUAUAUGAACUGUAUGAUACCAGAAAGUAUAGGAACAUGCGGCAAUUUGCCCUACUUUCUUUCUUUUGGAGAAAAAAA